GAGAUCUUCGCCAGUUUCGACAUCUUGGUGGACAGCAUGUCACGCCUUCACGUCGGAUACAUGACCCCCUACUUCCGCACCAACGCAGUCUACGCCGAACGCGACCAGCCGAAGAAGUACAAGGUGCAGAUCAUGCACAACGCUCAUGCAGUCAGCGCUUUCACGGACGAGCGACUGAUCACGGGCAUCAAUCGCACGAGGGAGCAGAACCAGGAGGGGGCCGUGCCGUCGGUCAAACCGCCGCCGAUCACACUGCUGCUGUUUCGACAGGCGGUGCACCAG